ACAAUGGAGUAUUGUUGUGUUGUUGAAUAAUUAUGUUUUACAUAUUUACUGCCUACAUUUCAUGCUGAUUGCUAAAAGUGUUAAAGUUACAAAGAUGUCCAAAUAAGGACUGUGGAAAUUGAUUUUGUUCCAUUUUAUAUUUCUUUAAUUAAUCAUUUUAUUCUAUAAACAUUGUGUGUUUCAUAUAUGCACUGAGCUAUUAUGUAAAAAUGAGGUGUUUGUGUUUGAGAGUGGAAAGUUACCAGCUUUUGUAUGUGUGUAAAAGCUACAAGGAGCAUGUGCUGAGGAAUUUACGCCUGGUAUAGAUCAAGAUAAGAGAGAAGCCUGAGGGGGAAAAGCAAACCGGCAACUAUUUUAUUAACUAAUGCUUUUAUAUUCACAGGAUAAAAUAUGCCAUGUAUUUCUUACUUAAUCAGUAUUAAUCAUUGAAUAAUUGAUGUAAUAAAGAUAAGAUGUUGUCUUUGAUAAAUGUGUAUUAACCAAUGAAAUGAAGGUUGCAUAUAGAAUAAUUUAAUGGGGGCAUGGCAGCUCAACCUUGAAGAACAGAAUCUCCUGUGCUUGUUGUGUGUGUGUUUUCUUUCCUAACAGAUGGGUUUUAAUAAUGAUUAAAGUGUUUGCUUAGAAGUAGUAUUGCAGUAAAAGAUUUAAUAUCUGUUUAUCUAUCUAAAGAAGUUAAUGUGUGCCUUAUUCAUUUAACCAAUUUUACGAAUAAUGAAAUGAUGUCAUGAUAUUGAAAUAUGUUUUACGUAAUAAUCACUUUCAUCUUACAGCUUAUGUUUUUUAUAAAUGAAUGUUUUAUUAAUGAUUUGUUUUUAAGAAAGCAUUAUAAACAUGCUAUGUGGAGUGGAGGAGUACUGGGGAGAAAGUGAUGGACUGCAUGGCUCUCAGGGAUGAGAGGAGAACAGUUUGUUUCUUCUUUGUCUGUGUGUGAUAGGCAACCCCCUCAGGAAUGUGGUGAUGGAAUCUGAUAAGGAGAAUAGCCAGCUGGGGGAGGAGGAUUCUGAAGAAAGAACGGCGAUAAAUACUCAUGUUUUUGUUCUGAGCUGGGAGUUGGUCAAAUCCUGCUGUAGGACUUGAUGACCCGGCAUGCUGUAACUUUUUCAUAUCUGAUCAAUAAAUAUUCAAUUUAGAUAUUUGUGUCUUUCUCCAUUGAUGAACACGCUUUGGACACUUUAAAGUCCAACAAUUGGUGACCGCCGACGUUCUUUGGAGGGAAAAGGAGAUUAAGAGAAGUUUCGAAUUGCCUAAGAUCGAGUAAGGGAGGGCUCCAUUUCAACACAAAAGACCGGUCUUCUAAAAUAAAGGUAAGCAGAAACCUGUUAUAUCAAAUUCUGCUAUUGGGCAUAUACCAAAUUAAUUGUGUUGAUAAGGAGAUCCAAACUGAAAGUAAUAAAUAAUUGAAUACAAGAUCAGAUUGAAAAACUUAAAAGAAUGGGAGUAAUAAGUUUGGGUUAGAGGCCUUUAAUGUACUAGACAUUAUAAAGUAAUAAGUUUGGGUUUGAGUCCCUCGGGUUAAAGUCCCGUAAAGGUAAAUUGUGGUUGGAGUCCAUUAAUGUAUUAGACAUUAUAAAGUACCAACUGGGUUAAAGUCCCUCGGAUGAAAGUUCCGUAAAUUCUUUGUUUAUUGUUUAUUUUGCCUGGGUUGAGUUGUUCAAAUUGAUUUGCUGGUUUGAGUUGUCCAAUUUGAGUUUUUGUGAUUAAUCGUGUUGGUGAAAUUUUUAUGUAUUGCUUUGACAUAUUGCUGUGAAGUUGUUAUUUUAUGAAAAUCAUAUGAAAGAUGGCUGAAUUUCAGAAAGAAUGCGAUGAAUAUGGUUGUUCAUCAGUAUAUGUACAAUGGCAAAAGGUGAUUAAACUUAUGAUGGCCCAGACAGACCCAAGAGAUGUUAAGAAAAGACAAAAAGAGGUUGAAUUGGGCUGGAAAAUAUUGAGAGAUGAGAAUUGUUGGGAACCAGAAGAGAAAAAAAGGGUUCCAUUAGCGCCGAUUAUUUUUGCUAUGGAACAGAGAAUUGUGCACAAAAUCAAUGAAGUGAAGGGUAAAGGUAAAUGGUAUAGAAAGGAAAAAAGGAUUAAAGACUUAGAAAAAGAAUUGAGAAUGUGGACCAGAAUGGCAUUGGUAACAGCCGCGGCUCAGGCCAUUAGUAAGAAGAAAGGGGAAGUUGACAGUGGUGCUGCUGCCAAGCAACAGGAAAUAGAACUAGGAAGCGCUCAGCCAAUACCCCCCGUUCCGCCCACAGCUCCGCCUAUAACUCCUCCUAAAGUAAAACCACUUUACCCCUCCCUCCAUACACCUCCCCCUUAUGAGAAGGAAUCUGUUGUAAUUCCCAUGCAGCAGCCAAUGAUGCAAGUGAAUGGAGGUGAAUUGGACAUAGACAUGGGGGAAUUAAAUGGUCUAAGGAAUGAGUUAGUACAAUUGAGAAACAUAAUUCUAAAACAAGACAUGGCAAACAAAAGGGCCAUCAGUGAAACAGGGAGUGCAAAUAAAAGGGCUCUGAGUGAAAAUAGUGUAACACAACUAGUUGACCAGAGUAAUAAUGGAGGGGAAAAUAGUAGCAGUCACAGACACAAUACUGAUGAUAAGGGAGGAAGUGACUCUGAAAGUGAAGAUGGAAGUGUAGUUAGUGUUUCUUCAUACAGGCGACUGGUAUCAACACCAGGAAGACCAAACACGUUAACACUAGCUAAUAACCCACACGAGACCGAGACUGAGGUAAACAUGCCAAUGGAUGUGAAAAUAGAGGGCAAAAUGAUCAUAACACAGGGCUCACCUCCAAUGGCAAGGGCAUCUAUACCACAAGGUAGUGGGCCAGGUAGACAGAAAAAGGGGUUAAGAAAGCCUGCAGGAGAACCAUAUGAUGGGCCAGCGAGCAACACCAGAUCCAAAGAUAAGAGUAGGGUAGACGUAACAGUGGAUGAGGUUUUCCAGGCAUGGAUGUUGGAACAAGAACAGUCAAUGAGGUCAGAACAGCCAGCAAGGUCGGGCCCAUAUUCCCAGUUGGCCAGUAAUAACAUGCCUCUGAUAGCUAAAUCGGGUGGUGACAAAUACCAAGCUUGGUCUCAUAGUGAUUUAACUGCCAUUAUGAGUAAACUCCCACCUAUCACCAGUGGUGGCGGCAGAUGGUUAAAUAAAUUAACCACGCUAUGUCAUGGCACAAUGCUGGCUUUGGGUGACAUCAGAUGCCUGUUAGGUCAGAUCCUGACCAAUGCACAAGUAAAAGAUUUUGAACAAAAUGCCAAUAUAAUAUUGCAUGACAAUGACACGCCAUAUACCACUGUGAGCACUGUAAUAGGCAAGGCUCUGAGGGUUCAGUUUCCUACUCCACCAACCGUAUACCAAAAUAUUAAAUUUAAAAUCAAACCAGAUGAGACAGGUGCAGCAUAUUAUUUCAGAUGCACAGCUGAAUGGGAACAGCUAACUGAAGAGAACGGUAUUAAUAACCCGGUCACCAGGGAUGUCUUUAGGUCAGCAGUAAUGGCAGGGGCCCCACCCAGUGUUAAGCAGAUCAUGGAAAACAACCCAGACAUCCCUGCAGCGACAAAUGAGGUAUGGGAGAGACAUCUCAUAUAUCAUACAGAUAGAGCCCUUGAAAAAUCAAGUAAAGAGCUAGCUGAGGUAGAUAAAAUAAAAAAUGAGCUCCUAAAACUGCAGCUGGAACAGGCCAAACAGGCAAACACAAAGAAGAAGCAAAUGCUACAGCAGGCCCAACCAGACACCACCACAGGCACACAGGAAACCACCAUGAGGGGAAUGGCUGAGCCUCUCAUGGAAAUAGUGGUAAACGCUACACCACUAAAAGCUCUAGUGGACACUGGAGCUACAUAUUCCACCGUAACUAAAGGCACCAUAGAGCCAAAACAUCUUAGUAGUAAAACGGUGGAUGUGAUGGGUUUCUCUGGUGAAAUUGAAAAGUGGCCAUUAACUAAACAUUUACCAACCACAGUAGCUAACCAAUCUGUUUCACAUGCAUUUCUGUAUUCCUCCAAUGCACCUAUUCCUUUACUUGGUAGGGACUUACUAAUUAAAUUGGGUGCUAGCAUACUGUGUUCACCGGACGGUGUCAUAGUUGGGUUUCCGGACGGAAAUACCAUAGAUUGUUCAUUGGGUUCAACAGAAACAGGAAACCAAUGGAUGCUAGUAGGGGGAAAAUACAAGGAAUUAGUUGACAUCUACUGGGCAGAAUUAGAAACAGACUGGGAAGAUGAAAUGUCUAGUAACAGUGUAGUGACCCUGUAUAACACAUAUAAGCCCUGGAUACAAGACAUAGCCCUAUUUCUACCACCUAUAGACCCAUUACAUUGUACUAUGUUUUAUGACAGAUUUGAUACCAUCACCUAUGAGGAAUUGUUUCAAUCUAUUGAGGGAACUAAAUGGAGAUUAGUGGGUAAUGGCAUUAUGAUAGGGAAUCAGGGCGUGGCAGCUCCAAUCAUCUUAACAGAAGAACAAAAAGAAUGGUAUAAAAUGGCAGAUACAGCCGCACCACACAUCUCACUUGCGUUACAUCCAAAUCAUGAGGCUAGGGAACUAGGCAGCAUGGUAAAAAGAUUAAUGGCUACCAAUGAUUGGAUGGAGACAGAUAUGAAAGGGGUGUGGUUUUCCCAAAGGCAAGAUGCUUAUUGGAUUAGGCAGCACACAGAAGACGUAGGUAUUUUGAAGCAUGAACAGCUACCUAGAAGCCAUGGCAGAGAAAACACAGAUGGCGAAGGGACAGAGGAGAUGAUAGGAAGUAUGCCGCAUGACUUAUGGUCACAGGGCCCAACAGAUGUAGGGUUUUGUAAUAUCACUCCUGUCACAUUUAAACUAUCUAACACAGUACCAGUGUGGGUUCCCCAGUACAGAAACAAACCAGAUGCAGAAGAGGGAGUUAGGACCACAGUGGAGGGUUUAUUGAGUAAACAAGUUUUAACUCCGGCAAGUUCUGAAUGGAACACGCCCAUUUUUCCAGUACCUAAACCCGGUACAGAUAAGUAUAGGUUAGUACAUGACCUGAGAGCCAUUAACAGUUUGGUGGAGACUGGAACACUGAAUGUACCCAACCCAUAUGUUGCUUUAUCAAAUUUAUCACCUGCACAUCAGUGGUUUACGUGCAUUGAUCUAGCAAAUGCAUUUUUCUGCAUCCCUAUAGCUGAUGAAUGCAAACCAUGUUUUGCAUUCACCUAUAGGGGGCGCCAGUACACCUAUAACCGUUUACCACAGGGUUUUGUUUUAUCACCUGGCAUUUUCAAUCAGGUAUUACAAACUGAAUUACGAAAAUGUGAAUUGCCAAUGGGAUGUGUGCUGAUUAUGUAUGUUGAUGACCUUUUGCUAGCAGCCACAUCCAUGGAAACGUGUAUGGAGGUAACAAAACUUGUAUUGCAACAACUACACAGGUCAGGGUUCAAGGUGAGCAGGGAGAAGCUGCAGAUAUGCAGACAAUGCGUCACUUUUAUGGGUAGGAUGGUAACGGCACAGGGCUCCACACUGACACCACAACAGAGACAAAGCAUCAUGUCUCACCCAAGACCAGAGACUGUGAAGGACAUGUUGUCAUUUUUAGGCCUGACUGGCUUCAGCAGACAAUAUAUACCCAUGUAUGUGUCUGCUACUGCACCUUUAAGAGCAUUAGUGAGAGAACAGGGCAUGAAAAACCUAAGGGCAGAGUUAAUGUGGACCCCAGAGGCAGAAUCAGCUUUCAUUUCACUAAAAGCACAGUUGUCGCAGGCAGCUCAUCUUAAUUGUGCAGACUAUGCCAAACCAUUCAUACUGGAUGUAUCUGAAACUCAAAACAGUGCCCAUGGUGUGUUGUAUCAGAAAACAACAGGGGGACGAAAGGUUUUGAUGUACAGUAGUGUUUUGUUGGACCCCAUUGAGCAGAGACAGCCAGCAUGUGCUCGCUACGCGGCAGGGUUAGCCAAAUUGAUAACAAAAACAUCUCAUAUUGUAAUGGGUCACCCGUUGACCAUUCUCACUACUCAUUCUGUAAUGUCAUUUGUCAAUUCAACUGCUUUCACUUUCUCACCUCUCAGGCAAAGAAAGCUGGCCAAGAUUUUGGCUAGCCCCAACGUCACAUAUGUGCAUGAAGGUGUUAACAUGGCUGACUUAAUCACUGAAGGAGAGCCUCAUGAUUGCAUACCUUUAACUGAGAAAGCCAGCAAAAUUAGAGAUGGCCUCUUUGCAGUACCGCUGCCAACUCCCCCACCAGCAAUGACAUUGUUCACAGAUGGUUGUUGUUUCAGGGCAUCGGAUGGUACAUUAAAGGCAGGGUUUGCUGUGGUUGAACAGGUUGAGGGUGAUUUUGUGACUAGAGUGAGUGGUAAAUUGGAGGGUAAGCAGUCAGCGCAGAGAGCUGAAAUGAUAGCUGUAACCAAGGCCUUGCACUAUGCUGGUGAAGAGAGGGUAACUAUUUAUAGUGACUCUGCAUAUGUGAUAGGAGCUGUACAUGUAGAGCUGCCUGUGUGGCAGAGAUGUGGAUUUGUUACAACAACAGGCCGGCCUAUAACUCAUGCUAGCGAAGCCAGAGACCUAUUGCAGGCUCUGAUGAUUCCUGAUGAAGUGGCUGUGGUGAAAUGCCAGGGACAUGAUAAAGCAAACUCAGUUAUUGCUCGUGGAAAUGACGCUGCUGAUUGCGCUGCCAAAAAUGCUGCCGGGUACACAGCCACACAAUUUGUUGUGACUUCAGACAAAACAAAAUCAGACAUAUUACCACGUUUCACUCGUGAAUACUUGAUAAAGGAACAAGCUGGUUCCUCACCUGAUGAAAAGAAUGCUUGGAGAGACCAUGGUGCUGUCCGUGCCAAUGACGGCCUGUGGCAGGCUCCGGAUGGGAGACCUGCCAUGCCCAUGUCACUCUGUGACUCAUUGUUUAAACAGGUGCAUACAGCGAGUCAUGUAUCUGACAAACAGAUGUUACGUGAUCUUCAGUAUUGGUGGCAUCCAUUUUUGACGUCUAUGGUGGCCAAUUACAUUAGAUCUUGUGAAGUGUGCUGUGAACAUAAUGUGAAGCCCACUGUUAAGCCCCAGAGAGGGUAUUUUCCAAUCACAACAGGACCUGGGGAUGAAAUCAUUAUUGAUUUCACUGACAUGAUAACUGGAGUAAGAGGGAAAAGAUAUGUUUUGGUGAUCGUCGAUUCGUUCACUGCCUGGCCUGAGGCCUAUCCGGUAGGCAGAGAAGACAGCACAGCUGUCAUCAAAUGUUUGAUAAAUCAUUACAUUCCUAAUCAUGGUUUCCCCAGACGUGUAAGAUCUGACAAUGGAAGUCACUUCAAAAAUGAACAUCUCAGACAGGUUGAGCAGGCAUUGGGUUUGACCCACAGCUUUGGGGCUGUUUAUCACCCACAAAGCCAGGGAAAAGUUGAAAGGAUGAAUUUGACUCUGAAAUUGAAACUUGCCAAAAUCUGUGCACAAACAAAAAUAACAUGGCUAGAUGCAUUACCAAUUGCAUUAAUGUCUAUCCGUUCUUCUGUUAACAGGAUUUCUGGUUUCACACCUUUUGAAUUGUUUACAGGUCGACAGUUUCCAGGCCCAAGGAAUGCCUUGGUGCAGGACCCAAUCCUGCCAUUAACUCAUGCUGCUUAUUUUGACAAACUAACUGCUCUGAUCAAACAUUUUUCCUGCCAGGCUAUCAGACAACGGGACUGGGACAAUGACCCAGCCCCUAGCCAGGCUGAUUGGGUGAGAGUGAAGGUGUUUCGGAGGAAGUGGAACGAACCCAGAUGGUCCAAACCGCUCAGAGUGACUGCCAGAACGUCACAUUGUGUGCAGCUACAGGGAAAAGGCGAAACCUGGUUCCAUCUCUCUUCUUGUGUUCCAUGUGAUUCUCCUUCUAGGUCUCUGACAGAUACAGGGGUGGACCUGAGGACUCAGGUCCAAGAGAGGGAGAGUGUUGAAGGUGAAAGUGCUAUAAGUGCUACAGAACAGAGAGAACAGAGAGAAACUGAACCAACAACAUUGGUAACACCAACACAACAUCAACAACAAAGUCAACAAACAGUUUGUAAAAUUUUGUACAAAACAGGUGACCUUUUUUCCAGUCCAAUAACAGAGCCUUUAGCACACUGUGUUAGUGCAGAUUGUGCAUAUGGAGCAGGUAUAGCCGUACAAUUCAAGGCAAAGUACGGAAUACAAAAGGUUUUAAGUCAGAACAAACACACAGGUGAAUGUGCAGUUACCCAUGAGGACGACGGCAGACUGAUUUUUCAUUUAAUAACCAAACAAAACUGUACUGAUUUACCAACAUAUGAGAAUUUUACCCACAGCCUCAGAUGUAUGAGAGAGUGGUGUGAGAAAGAAAACAUAACAAGUGUAUCUACUCCCCGGCUGGGGUGUGGGUUAGAUAAAUUGGACUUCCAUAAGGUGGUGGAGAUCCUGACAGAAGUGUUCAGGGACCUGAACAUCACAAUUACGGUUUAUUCAUUGUGAAU